UGUCCUGGUAGCAAGAUGCCAGUCUACAAUGUUGCCAUAAUACCAAGUCUAAAAGAAGUUGAACUCAACAACACUGUGAACUCUGCGUCCGGCUCCUCUCUUUCAUUUAUUUGGCUGAAUGGCAGUUCUGAGGUAACGGGAGGGGAGCGAGUUCAGCUAACAAACAACAAUAGAAAUUUGACCAUUACCAGUGUGAUCAGAGGUGACACAGGCCCAUACGAGUGUGAAGCAUACAACAUUGUCAGCAGAAAAAAGAGUCUCCCAUUCAGCCUCACCAUUAAGUUUAAUGGCCAAGAACAAACUCCAGAGGAAAUAACCAGAGUGAAGGAUACAUACUAUGGAAAUAUGGUCGGUUCCCAUAAUAAGAACCCUGUGAUGCGUCACACACCUCACCCUGAUGAGACAUGCAGAAAUCAGCUCUUUGUAGAUAAUGAGGGAUUACAGAGGGCAAAUGUCACCAGCUCUGGGAGGAGGAACAAGAUGCGGAGUGGUCUCUGUUUAAGACAGUUCAGGGUAAUCGCUCUGUACCCAAAUUUGCUGUGGAUUUCCGCACGGGAGCUGUGGCCUCUCUGUCACCUUUUCAAGUUGCCUCCUCUAUUUACUUCUCUGGACCUGGUGGCAUCUGUCCCCUCUGCUCUCGCCCUGGUCAAACGCUGUCGGUGCACCUGGAGAAAGGCACGUGCCAUUCUCCUCAAGUCUUCCCAGAGCUAUGCCUGCUUGGCCAACCAUAAGCACCACGCAGCUCCCAAUUCUUGUAUCGGUCGGAGGUUGUGGCUUUCCACCAGAGACUUGCCUCUUCACCUCUCCCCACAAUUCAUCGGCCCCUUUCCCAUUCCGAAGGUGCUUAACCAAGUGGUUGUCCGCCUCACACUCCCCAUUAUCCGGGAAAGUCCGAGCCUGCUCCUUGGUGUUAGCAGCUCCGGAUCUCUCCUGAUGGACUUACACACUGUGUGCUGCAGUCUGCUUCUGAUGCUGACAUGUUCAGGUCGAGGCUUUGGCCAAGUGUUGGAAUUACCUGAGAGUAUAAAUAAAACAGUUGGGGAGAAUGUAGUAAUUACCCCAAAACGUAUUCCUGAUCCUCCUUACUUCUCAGUCAGAUGGAGGGUUAAUACAACGAACAUUCUUAUUGGACCACCGAAUGGAAUUACUAUAACGCCACCGUACAAAGACAGAGUCAGUUUUAACACCAUAUCUUUAGCUCUGGAGCUCAGGAGCCUGACUGAGAAUGAUACUGGACAAUAUGUACUGAGUGUAGAAACUGUAACUAGUCACAAUGGUCAGACCUCACUGCUGGUGCUUGUUCCAGUCUCCAACGUUACCAUAGUACCAAAUCAUACAGAGCUGGUUGAAUUCAACACUGUGAGUUUCGUCUGCUCUGCAUCUGGCUCCUUUCUUUCAUUUAUUUGGCUAAAUGGCAGCUCUGAGGUAAAGGCAGGGGAGCGAGUCCAGCUAACAGACAACAACAGAAAUUUAACCAUUACCAGUGUGAGGAGAGGUGACACAGGCACAUACGUGUGUGAAGCAUACAACAGCAUCAACAGAAAAAAGAGUCAAUCUAUCCUCAUUGUUUACUAUGGUCCUGAAAAUGUUGCUGCAGCAGCAGAUCCAGAGAAACCCUUCUACAUUUCUGGGUCUAAUCUCAAAUUAAACUGCUCAGCUGAGUCCAGGCCUGCUGCUAAGUUUCAUUGGGCUGUGAAUGGAAGAGAGCUUAGUGAAAUGGGCCAAGAGCUCAAACUGAACAACAUUCAGAUCAAUCAAACUGGCAAUUACACCUGCAUAGUACAUAACACACGGACUCUACAAUAUUCUGUGUCUCCACCCAUCAGUGUCACUAUACUAGAUAGUGGGAGUGAAGGAGGAGAUGGAGGUGCACUGUCUGCAGGAGCUAUAGCUGGGAUUGUUAUUGGAGUUUUAUUAGCUGUUGCUGGAAUUGCUGGUUUGAUUUUCUAUUUUGUGAAAGUAAAAGAAAUGCCAAGAACAAACUCCAGAGGAAAUAACCAGCAUGAAGCAACACAUAAUGCAGGUGGACAUGAUACAUACUAUGAAAAUAUGGUUGGCUCCCAAAAUAAGAACCCUGUGAUGCGUCACACACCUCACCCUGAUGAGGGAGUAAUGUAUGAAAACCCCUGACAUGCAGAAAUCAUGCACUCAGCUCCUUGUAGAUAAUGAGGGAUUACAGAGGGCAAAUGUCACCAGCUCUGGGAGGAGGAAGUAACAGUGAAUAUUUCGUUUGAUUGGUGUAAAGAGAGAAAAAAACUGAUUCAGAAUUAUUAAAUAUCUUUAUAAUUGUAGCAUGAGUUGAAAUCUGUACAUAUGACAGAUCUGAUAGUGAAAAUGUAUAAAAACAUGUAUUUGUAGUAAUUUUAUAAGACAAUAAAGUGCAUUACUUCUUUAUUCA